UAUCUAGCAGAAUGUCCCACUGUAGUUUUGACGAUGCUUGAGGUCUCUGGGUGUUUCCAUGUCGUGGCCGUAGAUGGUUGACAUGCCUGGUCCACUUGUCCUUUCCGACCAUUAUCUCAUAUAUAACCUUACCCUUUUUUCCGAUAACCGUUCCGAUGGACCACCUUCCCGGAGUCUGGAAGUUUCGUGCGUACACCAGUUCACCGACCUUAAACCUACGAAGUCUCCCUUCCUGCUCUUCGUUCGUUUGUCCGCUGUGUUUUUCAUCACAUCUAGGAAUCAGGCUAUCAAAUAUCGUUCUAAUUUUUCGUCCGAAGAGGCAUUCCGCAGGAGACUUCCCUUCUGGUGUGUUUGGAUUCGGAGUGUUGCGAUACAUUCUCAGGAACGGUUGGAUUAUAUCUCGUGACACCCUCGAUCCUUC